GUCAAACCUGCCCUGACAUCCUUUUUCCUCAAACUCUUACUCGACCAGAGCAGGCCAGACAUAGCCCGCCCUAUAGAGGUCGAUUUGCAACUGUCGCGGUUGCUCUCUUAUAUCUGAAGUUCGAGUAAAGGGCUGGUCUCAAAUCCUUCCUUUGUUUUCAACCAUUUUCUCAGGCCCGCGCGACGACCAGCCGUAUCCAUCAUUGUUUUCCUCUCUUAACGACCAUUAAUCCUUUCCAAUUAGUCACAAUGGCCGAAUACUUAGCUUCUCCUUCCUUUCUCACGGAUAAUUCCGUCGCUGCCGUCAUAAAGGAUGCAUACACUUCUUUCUCAGAGCGAAGGGCUGCUCUCGGUCUGCCCAAUCCCGGAACCGUGGAUAACAUCGCUAGGGAGGUGCAAAAGGAGGUCUUGCUAUCGAAUUUUAUGUUCUCGGGUCUCCGGGCAGACCUAACGAAGGUCUUUGGCAUGUCUCCUCUGUUUCGUGUGUCGCAUGCGUUCUCCAUGGGCUCGUCGGGGAACCUGCCUCCCUAUGCCCUCUCGGCCAUGUAUGGAAGUCCAAAGGUUUUCAUGCAAGGUAAUUUUGGAAGCGACGGCGCACUCGCCGCUGUCGGCAACUAUCGUUGGAGCCCAAAGCUUGUCACCAAGACCAACACUCAGAUCAUGGCUGGUGCCAGCCAGGGUCUUAUGCAGAUCGACAAUGACUACACUGGCGAUGAUUUUUCAGCCUCGAUCAAGGCCUUCAAUCCAUCCUUCUUGGAUGGAGGUCUUACUGGCAUCUUCGUCGGAAGCUAUCUCCAAUCCGUUACCCCCAGCCUGGCUCUUGGAUUUGAGGCCAUCUGGCAGCGCCAGGCUAUGAACACUCGCCCAGAAACUGCGAUAUCCUACAGUGCCCGGUACAAGGCCAAUGACUGGAUCGCCAGUGCUCAGCUCCAGGCUCAGGGCGUCUUCACAGCAUCUUACUGGAAGAAACUUUCUGAGCGUGUUGAGGCCGGUGUUGAUAUGAACUUGCAGUUUGCGCCCAACGCAGCCGCAGCUCUGAUGGGCGGUCCCAGCAGAGAUGGUACCACUGCCAUCGGUGCCAAGUACGACUUCCGAGCAUCCACUUUCCGAGCUCAGGUCGACAGCGCCGGAAAGGUCAGCUGUCUGCUUGAGAAGCGGAUAGCGAUGCCCAUCUCUCUUACAUUCGCCGGUGAAAUUGAUCAGGCUAAGCAAUCGGCUAAGCUCGGUCUUGCUGUGUCCCUUGAGAUCGCUGGCGAGGAACUGAUGGAGCAGCAAGAGAAAAUUGAAGCCCAGGGCAUGGUUCCUCCACCUUUCUAGGCCUUUUCGAUACAUAGUGGGGUUAAUACAGCUCACCUGAUUAUGGAAGAAUGGAAUUUUGCUCCAUGUCCUCCCAGCUGAUAUCUUUUUUCGUCGUUUGUUUUAAUAGCUCUUCACUCCCCCUGUGUCUUGUUCGGAAGAUGGUGUGUCACCUCCUAAGGAGUUUAUCCCCUCGGAUGCGGUUGGUUAUUUCGAGGACGCAGUCGUUUGGCGCCACGGAACCACAUUUUGUAUAGAAUCUUCUUCGAUUUACCUGAAAUCGUUUUUCUUUUUAACCCUUCAUUUUUGUACUUUCCUCCUAUGGAUCCAGAUAUGACUGUCAACCCACAUUCUGUUUUUACUGGUACCCUAUUUCUUCCCACGGGCUAUUUGACUGACCACCAGGACUGCGAGGCAUGUAUGAAAACACUUGCGGGACGUUGUUGUUUGUUUAUGCAUAAUAGAUGGGCAAUGUAAAACCAUUUUA